ACAUCAUACUGAUACAUAUACAAAUCCACAUGCUUUGCAGAUAGAUCCACAGAUUUUGCCACGAACAGCAGGUUAUUCGUUAAUUAAAUACCUCGCGUGAAGUUGCAUUAAGGCAGUGCUCUGACCACAAUUUGUUUGCCAUAUUUUGAAAAAAUUCCUGAAAUAAAAUGAUACUUUUAAUAUUUUUCACAAUUUUGAUCGUCUAUUUGUUCAUGUCGACGCGGCGAAGACCCAACGAGCUUCCAGGUCCCUUCAAGUGGCCGAUUGUUGGGAAUCUCCCUCAAAUCGCGCAAGUCAACUGGUCCCGAGUUUGGCAUGCUGUUGAUCACUACGCCAAAAUUUACGGGGAAAUUUACGGCAUGUAUUUUGGACCCAGAUACGUUGUCGUUCUCAGUGACCCCAAAGUGGUUCACGAGCUGAUGAAGCGUGACGAGUGGAACGGGCGUCCACACGACCACAUGGCCAAAAUCAAAGGGGACGGAGCCGUGCUGGGGAUCAUUAUGACGGACGGUGACCUCUGGAAGGAGACGCGACGCUUCUCCUUGCGCCACCUCCGAGAUUUUGGCUACGGCCGGAGUAACAUGGAAACUUCAGUGAUGGACGAAGUGCAAAAUGUGGUGGACCGCUUGGACAAGCAGAUUGGCAAUGAGGAGCAGGUUUUGUCCUUUGAAAGCACAUUUGGCCCCGCUGUUCUCAGCACCUUGUGGAACAUGGUGGCCUCAAUUCGAACGGAAUUAGAUGACCCCGACAUUCUCAGGUUGCAACGCAUUGUGAAGGAAACUCUGCAAAGGAGAGCGUUCGGCGCCGGAAUAUUUUGGUCGUUCCAAUCUCUUCGACACUUGUUUCCUCAAGGGAGCGGGUUCGCCCAACAAAUCGAAGGUUUCAACAUUCUCAAGGAAAAUAUGAGGAAAGUCAUAACUGAGCAUAAAAAGACGCGAGUACCGGGAGAACCCAGAGACUUUAUCGACGCAUAUCUCGAGGAACAUGAAAAUAAUCCAGAAAAUCCGUACUUUUUCGACGAGCAGCUAGUUGUUACUUGCAUGGACCUUUUCGUUGCUGGAAGUGACACGACGACGAUCACUUUGCGCUGGGCUUUGCUCUACUUAAUUCUUCACCCGGAAGUGCAGAAGAAAGUGCAGGCAGAAAUCGAGUCCGUCGUUGGAUUAGACCGACCCGUCAGUUUGGCCGAUAAGGAGAAGUUGAACUAUUUUGAGGCCUUCCUCCUCGAAGUGAACCGAUAUUCCAGCGUGGCUCCCAUCGUCACACCGCACGCCCUAACAGAAACCGUAACCUAUAAAGGAUACGAGAUCCCAAAGGGAGCUCUCGUCUUCAUCAACACGUGGGGCAUUCACCGGAAUAAAGAUCACUGGGGAGACCCUGACACCUUCCGACCCGAACGAUUUCUCGACAAGAACGGCAAAGUCGUUACGAACGACGAGUGGCUGCUUCCCUUCGGUUCCGGAAAACGUCGCUGUCCUGGAGAACCUUUGGCUAAAACGUCCGUCUUCCUCAUGGUAUCCAACCUCUUACAAAAAUUCUCCUUCUCCACCGUCCCUGGUGAACCACGCCCCAGCCCAAUUCCCGUCAUUGGACUCAACCUCGCCCCACUCACGUACAGAGCAGAAUCCAGAAAACGCAAAAUUUAAAUAAAUCUCCAUUUAAAUUUCCAAUUUUCAUUUUAGUACUAAAAAAAUUUUAUUAAAUAAAAUCUCUCAAUAAUUCAAAU